AUGCUAGGACUUGAUUACGAGAAAAUUGAUGCAUGUCCGAAAGAUUGCAUGUUGUAUAGAAAAGAACAUGCUAAUGACACAGAAUGUGAAGUAUGCUCUACACCAAGGAGUGAAGCUAAAGUCUUGCGCCACUUUCCGUUGAUACCAAGGUUACAAAGAUUAUUUAUGUCAUCAAAAACAUCUGAUUUUAUGACAUGGCAUCAUAAAAAAGAGCAUACAAGUGAUGGUUGUAUGAGACACCCAAGAGAUUCUCCAGCAUGGAUUACUUUUGAUCACAACCACAAGGAUUUUGCUGCAGAUCCACGAAAUGUUAGACUUGGGUUAGCUUCUGAUGGAAUGAAUCCUUUCAAAACAUUAAGUGUUAGCCACAAUGCACCUGGAAAUAAUAUUGACGUAUAUUUGAAGCCAUUGAUUGAAGAGCUAAAGGAUUUAUGGGAAAUUGGAGUUAAAACUUUUGAUGCAUCUACCAAAAAGAACUUUAAUAUGCGGGCAUCGCUACUAUGGACUAUCAGUGACUUUCCAGCAUAUGCAAACUUAUCAGGAUGGAGCACAAAAGGAAAAUAUGCGUGCCCAUCUUGUCAUGAAGACACUUGCUAUUUGUGGUUGAAGUACAGUAAAAAACAUUGUUAUAUGGGUCAUCGACGAUGGUUAGUAAUCAACGAUCCAUUUAGAAAUGAUGAAAAGUCUUUUGACGGCACAGAAGAGAAAAGAAUGGCUCCAACACCAUUAAGUGGCUCUAUGAUACUGGAUACGCUAGCAGGCUACCAAAUUAAAUUUGGGAAGACAGCGGUUAAUCCUCCAUUUCCAUAUGGUUGGAAAAAAGAGAAUGCAAAAAACAAAGACAAUUUGAAUGCGCGUCUUGAUUUAAAGUAUAUGGGUAUUAGAUCUGAACUUCAUCCAAAGGAGAGUGAGUCUAAGAAAACUGUCAUCCCCCCUGCAUGUUUUACAUUAAGCAAAAACGAAAAAAUUGUCUUUUGUCGAUUUCUAAAGACAAUCAAAGUUCCAGAUGGAUAUGCUGCCAACAUUUCUAGAUGUGUUGAUGUAAGAUACUUGUCUAAGUUAAAGUCAUACGUUCGGAACAAAAGCAAACCAGAAGGUUGUAUUGCCGAAGGAUAUUUAGCUGAUGAAUGUUUGACAUUUUGCUCAAGAUACAUGGAAGGUGUGGAGACGAAAUUUAAUCGCAAGCCUAGAAAUUACAGUAAUAUUGAAUCAAAUGGAGAAACAUUGCCUACUUUCCAAACGACAGGUCGACAUUUGGGCAAAAUAGAUACAGAGACUUUAGAUGAGGAUACAAAAGUUAAGGCACAUCGAUAUGUGUUAUUUAAUUGCAAUAUCGUAGAUUCAUUUAUUGAGGAACAUCGUAAUAUGAUUGCACAACAAAACUCUCGUCAAACAACAAUGACCAUCGAUCAGAUUCAUAGCCAAUCAUUUCCUUCAUGGUUUGCUAACAAGGUAGAAGAAUUAUAUGAUAAUGGGGAUAAUCGAGUAUCUGAAGAUUUACGUUGUUUGGAAAAAGGACCAAAUAAUGUUUCCUUUCGAUUUAAAAGAUAUCUAAUAAAUGGUUUCAGGUUUCACACAAAAGAAAUCGAAAAGAACUUAAGAACUCAAAAUAGUGGAGUUAUUAUGAUUGCGAAGACUCAAAGUUUCGCAAGUAGUAGGGAUCCAAAUCUUGUUUUCGAAGAGGUUACAUUUUAUGGAAUGUUAACUGAUAUUAUAGAACUAGAUUAUUCUUCAGAAAAUCAUGUUUUGUUAUUUAAGUGUGAUUGGGUUUCAAGAAGUGGCGUUAAAAAAGAAAAUGAUUGCACAAGAGUCAACUUUUCAAGAUUGCUACGUGACAACGAGCCCUUUAUACUAGCUUCUCAAGCAGAACAAGUAAUGUAUAUCGAAGACCUCAAACACGAAGGAUGGCAUGUUGCUUUAAAAAUAAAUCCUAGAGACUAUUAUAAUAUGAGCAUGCAAUCACACGAUGAAAAUGUGGAGUCUUAUGUGCAAACUGAGGUUUGUAGCACAACUAUUGAUAUUGCGGAUGGAAAUGUUAGUUUGGUUAGGGAAGAUAUGCAAGACAUAACUAUUGAUACAUCAUUGUCAUUUGAUACAAAUGACAUGGAUGAAGAAGCUUAA